AUGCCUUCUCAUGAAGAGGCUUCCAGCAUCAUCGACCGAUGGUUUCGUGUAAUAGAAGACCAGUCACCUAUCAACCUAUGCUUUAUGACAAGACCAAUAUCAAGGUCAAUGUUGGAUAGAAUAGAAACACUAGAGGGGAUCUACAAUCGCACCAUUAUCUAUCGCUUUCUCAUUCGCAAGAUCCACCCUGUCAUCGUAUUCUUUUCACUGACAACCAGUCUAAGUUACUUGGCAACCAGACUCUAUAGACGAUCAACAAGGCUCGUCUUGACACUUGUCGGUGUUCUUUAUCCAAUACAGUGUAGUUGGAACUUGAUUCGACAGAGAGAGGGUACAACUGAGGAACUGAACAGUUGGUUGACUUAUUGGAUGAUCUAUGGGAGCUUUCAAGUGCUGGAUCAUUGGGUAGACUCUAACCUGUUGCCAAAAAGGAAAUAUAACCUUUACAAACUAUUCAUCUUGUAUUGGCUACAAAAUCCUCAUUCAAAUGGGGCAUCCGUUAUAUAUAAACAUGUUUUACUAAAGCCAUCAAAAGAAGAAGAAGAAGAUCAUAGUAAUAAGGAGCUGAUCACGCAACCAGUAAAUAGUUCAUAUAGAUACUUGGAUGGAUAUAUACCGCCUCUUCCUCAAGCAGAUAAUAAUGAGGACAGUAGUACAGACAGUAGUAAUAGUAGUAUUAGUGACGAUAAUGAACAUUUAAUACAAGAGAAUCAUAAUGUGAUACCAGAAGAAAAACAAUCUUUUACACUCUUAUUAAAUUCUAAUGAAGCUGCUUGGUAG